AUGAUUGAAAACGAAAUGGAUAAUGUACAAGAAUCAGUUAUAUCUUCUAAUUUUAAUACAAUAAGCAGCUUUCGUACAUUUUCAACUUUACGUUUAUCAAAUAUCACUAAAGAUUUACUUCAGUUAUAUAUUCCAAUUGAUGUAUUAGAACGUUAUUUAAUUUAUGAACAAAACUAUUUAUUUUCGAAUGAUCUAGAUGAUAAUGAAAUAAUAAAUUUUUGUGAAGAUGGUUGGUUUGGUGUUUUUUGCGAGUAUUCAUUUGAUAACGGAGAUUUUGUUAAUGGUAGACUAUUAUUUUAUGAGAUUAUUCAGAGAAGAUUUCAAUUAAAACGCAGUGAAAAUCUCCAUCCAUUCGAUGUAUUAACAGAAACAAACUGGAAUGUUCCAUGUUAUAUGAGUCUAAAAAACGAAUGUCAACGUCCUAUUGGUUUAUGUUUGGAUUGGCGAGAAAUAUGUGAUGGUAUGUUUAGUUUCUUGAUUUAA